AUGGGGAGCACACGAGCAGCACAAACCCUCAGCAGGGAUAAUUUCAACACCCCUCAGCACAGCGUCACCCAUACCUCACAAGCAUCACAGCAGGGGCACAACAGCAGGAGGUCCCUGACCUCCCCCAGAGAGCUUCGCGAACAGGAGGAGUUCGUAGAUGUUACCCUUGCCUGCGAGGGUCAGCAGGUGGCGGCCCACAAGGUCGUCCUCUCCGCCUGCAGCCCCUACUUCAGGUCUCUGCUCAAGAAUAACCCGUGCGACCACCCCAUCAUCAUCCUGAACGAGGUGCGCUACACGGAGCUGGUUACCCUCCUGCAGUACAUGUACCAUGGCGAGGUGCAGAUUGCCCACGACCAGAUCAAGGACUUCCUGCGCACCGCGAAGUUGCUACAGAUCCGCGGGCUGGCCGAGGCCGCGGCCGCAGAGUCCAAGACGCGGACGCCCCCGGAGACCAGCCGCGAGAAUGGUCCCGCCCGCGAGGCGCCCACGCCCACGCCCAAGGCUGAUUCCGUCGAGCCCGAGGAGGAGGGGCGGCCUCCAGACAGCCCCCAGGUGAAGCGCAUCAAGCUUAGCAGUAGCGUGGGCGCACCGCCCUCAUCGUCGCCCUCGCCGCUCCAGACCGGGGGUCCUAGCCCCCCCGCGCCCACGCCGCCCAUCGCCAGCCUCCCGCCCACUAUGAGCACCAUGGCGAGCAUGUCCGGCCUUCCCUCCCUUCCGCCCGUGGGCAUCCCGGGCCUGCCCCUGCCGCUCUCCCUGCCUUCCUCCAUCACCGCCCUUCCCCCCGUGACCACGGCCCACCCUCCCUCCAUCCACCACGCCCGCGGCACCCUCCACACGCCCACCACCGUCAGCCAGCCCUCCUUCCCAGGCAUGUACCACGGCGUAGGAUCCGAGGACACGCAGGACACCCUGGGCAGCGACCGCUCCGAGGACCGCGAGAAGUCCCGCCACGACGACGACGACCACGAGCACGACCACGAAUCCACCCUGGAGAAGAUGUCCGGCCUAGCCAACAUGGCGGCGCUCAAAGGGUUCGGGGGGUUUCCUGGCCCUUCCGGUCUCGUAGGCUUGGCGUCGGCUGCACUUGGUUCCAACCCUGACAGUAAUCCUGACCUUGCUGCUCUACACGCAAACCACGCUGAAGCCUCAUCUCUGGCAGACAUUGCGGUUUCAUACCCAGGUCGUCCCCGCUUCGACUUCUACCGCGUGCGAGCAACGGAUCCGCGGCCCUGCCACCUGUGCGGCAAGAUCUACAAGAACGCCCACACCCUCCGCACGCACAUGGAGGACAAGCACUCCAACUGCAACGGGUUCCGCUGCGUCCUCUGCGGCACCGUGGCCAAGUCUCGUAACUCGCUGCACUCGCACAUGAGUCGCCAGCACCGCGGCAUCAGCACGAAGGACCUGCCGCUGCUGCCCAUGCCGGCGCCUUGGGACCCCGAAAUGGCCGCCAAGUACAUAUCGAUGGUGGGCGGCGUCGGCGAGGUCGUCAGGCAGAACUACCGGCGCCCGGACCGCGAGCGGGAGAGCAACACCUCCGGCAGCGACAACGCGUCGCGAGACCGGGAGGUGGAGAAGACCCCGACUUCUCAGGAGAACGGCGGACUGUACUUCAAGGGCGACUUGGGAGGGCGCGACCCGGAGGACGGCAUGAAGGAGCGGCGGCCCUACGACGCCAUCAGCCGCCACCUGGACCUGUACCCCGGCCCCAAACCCGUAGGCGCCUCGCUGCUCGACACCUACCUGCAGAUGAUGCGGGCCUCGGGCAUGGACCUCACCUCGCCCAGCGCUGACAACAUGCCGGACGACCGCAAGUACCUGCACUCGCGGCCCCUCGGCGGCGGCGUGCUCGACCUGACCCGCCCCGAGAUGACCCGCAGUUGCUCGCCGCUGCCGCGGGAGGACGAUCACGGCGGCCAGGGCUCGGACGACUUCAGCGAGGACGAGCACGGCAGCCUGCACCUGGACGAGGUCCGGGCCCCGCAGAAGCUCGGCGGCGGCGCCACCGUGGUGACCGUCACGCCGCGCUCGCCCGAACCCUCCGACACCGAGGACGAGGCAAAGUGGGCCGUGCAGUAGUGAGCACCACAGCACAGCCGUGCAGCGUCACACAGCAAUCACACCAGUGGUACAAAUGACACAGUGGAUGCAAGAAAGAGAUGCGCGUUUGUGGGCGGGAGUCAGAGGCUGUGGCGCCGCCCUUCCCCGCCGCCCGUGAGUCGCCCUCAUGCACGCCUGACUAUUUAUGUCACUGUCAUGCCCCUGUCAUCGCCCUCUCACCUUCCCCAUCAACUAUCAUCCGAGAAAUGAAUUACUCCUUAGUAGAAUAUCUUCUAACUAUGCAACACCACAUUCACCCAUUCCCUCGUCCCGCUCCCCCGCCCACACUGACUCUCCUAUCUCCGCCUAGCGAAGAAUCCCCCUCCUUCCUUUUUCACCCUCCUUCCCCCACCCCACCCCACGGCCCUCACCACCAGGGGCGUGACUGAGGGCGACGCACGUCUCCAGCAGUUGUCAGUUCUCAGGGACUCGCCGGGCUUCACUCCCUCCUGUACAUACUUCUCACACUCAGGCCGGCGGUGACACAAGGGGGAUGGGCCGCCCACAGGACUCCGCGACUCCCGCCCGCGCACUCCCACAAACACACGCUCUCGUGCACAAAAUGGCACCUUGGUUAUGUGCACCCAUGGAACUUUAUGUGGCCCUCUGCAUGAUAUGGUAAACCGGUUGGUGCCCUCUCUUGGUGCUCGUCUUUCUUUGAAUUAAGACAACAUGGCCUAUUUCUCAUGCGGAGAAGUUGAAUUUAAAAUGAAUAUGUGUCGACUCACGCUCUCUAAGCCACUAGACACCGAUUCUCUCUAUUCCAAGUGCAAAAUGCGUUAUGCAAAAUGUAUUAUCGUUUUUUUUUUUUGCGUCAUGUAAACAAAUGCACCAACGGGCGCCCAGUGUUGCCAUACCACGAUCACUGUAUUCUCACUGCGGUAUCAUCUCGCGUUUAUGUCAACUCAUUAUAUCUGAGUGAAGCAACUCAGGUGGAACUUAUUGGUGCAUAUUGUAGCUCCAUUCGGCAUCAUCUCAGCAUUCCUUUUAGCCGCAGUUUCAGUCUUAUUUUUAGGCUUUUACACAGGGAUGGACCCAUGACCUAUUGCCCAUAGUCUGUGAUGCGACCUUGAAUUUUAAGCGUUUAGUAGCCCUUUUAAUACCGUUAACUCUAUUUGAAGUACAGAUAAUUUAACCGUUUGUAAAGGCACUACUCGACGCUCAAAAUCUUUGAUCUCAUCCUAUAAAAUGUCUGUUGUCCUUGACUGUUAACUUAUUCCUGUUCAAUGCUUCUAUUACUACUACUACAGCUAUUACUAUUUUUACAUACUAAUACUACAAACUACGACAUCUAUCACUACUACUACUACUAGUAAUCCCCCUAUUACUGCUACUACUCCUACCACUACUUUUACUACCAAAAUACAUCUAACUCUACUAUUUCUCAUCCUUCUCUUGCCACUUCUUUCAUCGCUAAUUCUCCUAAACUACAUUCCUCAUUACUGUUGCACCUCCACUUACUACUACUACUUUUACUACUACUACUACUACUACUACUACUACUACUAC